CACGGGAAACAAAACAAAACAAAACAAAACAGGGGGCAGAGGAAAAGAAAAGAAAAGGAAAAGCCAAGGAAAAUAGCCGAGGCGGAGGCGGAGGAACACGAGCGGGGAGGGAAGGAAGAAAUUUCGGAAGGGAAUCCAUCCACCCCCCGUCGAGGAGCCAGCUCGCCACCCCCCUUCCUUCCAUCCUCCCUCCGAGCGGAAUCCCUAGUUUCCGGGGCGCCGAAUCGGGGAUCCAAAUCCCGAGCCAGUCCACCCUCUUCCUCCCACCCACUGCUCUCUCUCUUCAUCCCGCGAUUUCUGUUUCGUUUUCAUCCGCCGUUGUUGCAGUAAUUAACAAACAAACGGGACAAAACCCUACCCCGCCGAGCCCAAUCCGCCUUCCCCAUCCCAAUCCGAUCCCAAUUCCGCUGCCGGAGCACGGAAUUACUGCCCGCCGGGGGAUCGGGGGGAUGGCCGCCGCCGCGGACGCAGCCUAGGAUGGAGCUGGACUCCUCCGGCGGCUGCUCGGCUGCUCCCGCGGGUGCUGUGAUCGUCGCCGCUCAGGUCGGGGGCGCGUGGCGGUGGACGUCGGCCGCGAGGGCGAGAUCUCCCCGCGCGGCCUCGGAGUAGGCCAGCCGGUCAGCGCGCGCGCGCGUAUGGAGGGGAGCGGCAGGCAGGGGAAGGGCGGGGCGCCGGCGUGGGCGCCCAGCGAGGGCACGGUGUUCCGGCCCUUCGUCGCGGCCGCAGGGGCGGCUGAGCCGUCCCCGUCGGGGUCGGGCAGUGGCGUUGCCGCACGCAUAAGCAAGCUUCAUGGCGUCAAGAGGAAACCGUGCGUUGCAAGGCUAACGGCGGACAUCAUUAACACUUUUGAAAGAUGCCACCCCGAGUUUAAGUACUCAGAGACACUAAACCCAAAGCGCUUUCUCACCCAUCCUUCAACCCCAGCCCACAAUGAUGGAGUUGAUAAUGCAAAUUGGGACCUCAUAUUGUAUGUCAACCUGGAGUUGGUCAACAAGACAUCAAAUCGGAGGUUCAUUGUCAAGGAAAUGCUUGGCCAAGGCACGUUUGGCCAAGUUGUGAAAUGCUGGGACACAGAAACCAACAAGUAUGUUGCUGUGAAGGUUAUAAAAAACCAGCCCGCGUUUUAUCAGCAGGCCAUCAUGGAGGUUUCACUGUUGCGAACGCUAAAUCAGAAAUUUGAUCCUGAUGAUAAGCACAACAUUGUCCGAAUGCUAGAUUAUCUCUCAUUCCAAAAUCACCUGUGUAUUGCCUUUGAAAUGCUUGGUCAAAAUCUGUAUGAGCUUUUAAAAAGGAAUCAUUUAAGAGGAUUGAAAGUGCAAUUUGUACAGGCCUUCUCAAAACAGAUAUUAGAUGCCAUGAUAGUGAUGAGAGAUGGUGGCAUCAUUCACUGCGAUCUGAAACCAGAAAAUAUCCUCUUAGCUCCGACUGCAAAAACAGCUGCAGCAGUGAAAGUUAUCGAUUUUGGAUCAGCAUGCCUGGAGGGUAAAACUGUGUACUCAUACAUCCAGAGCCGCUAUUACAGGUCUCCAGAAGUUCUCCUUGGCUAUCCAUAUACUACUGCGAUUGAUAUGUGGUCAUUUGGUUGCAUAGUUGCCGAACUGUUUAUAGGACUACCCUUAUUUCCUGGGGCAUCAGAAUAUGAUGUGCUUAAGCGUAUGCUAAAGAUUCUCGGGGGGCAACCACCAGAUGACUUGCUAAGGGAAGCUAAGAAUACUGCUAAAUUUUUUAAACAUGUUGGAAGUGGUUAUCUGGGUAUUGGGGCACAUGAUGGCCCUGGCACUGCAUACAGAAUGUUAAGUGAAGACGAGGUCGAGGGGAGGGAGACCAAAAGGCCGAAAUUAGGGAAAUGGUACUUCCCACAGCAAAGGUUGGACCAACUAAUAUAUACCUAUCCUUGGGACAAUACAAAAUUGCCAGAGACAGAAAAAGCAGAUCGCGUGCUGUUAGUUGAUUUCUUGAGGGGACUUCUUGAAUUUGAUCCAAAUAAGCGAUGGUCGCCAUUUCAGGCGUCAGGCCAUCCAUUCAUUACAGGCGAACCUUUUAUUGGUCCAUAUGAGCCUGUCUCUGAGACUCCAAGAAUUCCUGUUGCUCAUGCUGCAGCAGUUGAUCACAACCCAGGAGGAGGUCACUGGUUAGUUGCAGGUCUUUCCCCUCAGGUUGGAAGUGCGAACAGAUGUCUACCUCCUAAUAACCCCUAUCCUCCAAAAAUGCCUUUUUCUUAUGGGAGUAGUUAUGGAAGCCUUGGUAGCCAUGGUAGCUAUGCUGGCAAUGCCGGUCUUGCUAGCAGCUAUGGAAGCUAUGGUGAUGUUAAUAAUGCCAACAUGUAUUACUCACCAUUAGGUCCUUCUGGAUUUUCACAUGUUAGCUCUAGUCCAGAUAUUAGGCUGAGACCUCGUCUCUCUUAUGAUAGAGGCAUUCGAUUGAGCCCUGGAAGUAUGGGGCCUAUGUCUCUUGGUGCCAGUCCAUCACAAUUUACCCCACCAAACUACCAGAUGCAUACCCCGGCUAAUUCUACUGGGAAGCAUGGCUCUGGUUCUCCUGCGAGUGGAGGCAUUCAUGGCUCCCCAUUGGGAAAAGCUGCACCAGUAGGCCAAUACAGCAGGAGGAAGAACAUGCCGAUGCCACCACAUGAAUAUACAUCUCAGCAUGGACAAGGACGACAUGGAGAUGGUGUCAGUUUUAGUCAUUCGGAUGCCUAUAUUCGCGGACAUGCUGGCUACUCUCAGCACUCAUUACCUAGUUCUGGUCAUUCUAGUUGGAGACCACAAAUAACUUCCAGGAGUGGGUUUUCCAUGGAGGCUUCUUCUAGUCAUGGGCCUUCCCAAGCAUAUAGUUCACAUAAUGCUCCACCUUUGCCCUCAUUUGACGCAUUACCGGAUACAUCAGCUCCAUCAACACUUGAUCCUUCUGAUUGGGAUCCUAAUUAUAGUGAUGAGUCACUAUUGCAAGAAGACAAUUCAUUGUCAGCUGAUUUAAGCAGCAACCUUCAUCUUAGAGAUGCAACUGGUCAGCCAGGCGGAUCUGCCAGAUCAACCCGUGCCCAAAGCCACAACUUUGCAAGCUCAAACCCUUUACCGACAAGCCAAAGCUACGGAGCGGGUCAACAACUUCACUCAGGCUCCCAUGGGAGGAGCACCCGUCCUACUGUUCCACUCAGUUACGGUGGUUUCAACCCUCCGAAUUAUCCUCAGCAAAGUCUCCGGGGUCGCCAUGGACAUCAAUUUCUUCAACCGAGAUACAACCAGCCAACUAACAGUCAUAUGCGGCCACCGAUGGGGAGUCACCAAAGUGGGCAGCCUGCAUGGCCUCCCUACGGCAUGGGCGAGGGAGUGCCCUGGGGAGGAACAGGCGUGCAUCCGUUUACGACGGGCGGGCUACCCUCGUCCCUUCCCAGAAAAGAUUAUGGGAGCAUAUUUUAGUGUGGACUCGUAGGAAUGCCAUUCAUUGCCGGGAUAAAUUAUUUGUACUGGCGAAACCGGAGUUGCGAUGGUUCUGGCUGUUGGUUUUCUUUUUCUUUCCUGCAAUGUUGCUGCAUUUGCGUUGCUCCAUUGGGUCCCUGAUUGUCAAGACAGUCUUGAACUCUAUGAUAUAUAAUAGAAUCGAUCGUUACAGCAUUA